AUGGGUUCUUUCGUUUCACAGCCCCUUGAGCCGGUCAAGUUCGUUGCGCCUCCCGAGGCUUCCUCCACCGCUAAGCCCGCACAGGUCACUGCACCCGGAGCGCCAGCCUCUCCAGCGCAAGCCCCUCUAUUUAAUAACUGCUGGAGCUGUCGCGUGCUCUCCGGGUCGGGGCUGAUAGGGGCAGGCGGGUAUGUGUACUGGAUGGCGCGGAAGCCCAUGAAGCUGGGAUAUCCCCCGGGUCCUGGGACUAUUGCGCAGAUGAUCUUCGGCAUCAGCAUUGCUUGCUGGGGUGUGGUCAUCCUGUCAGACCCCAAAGGGAAGGCCUUCCGCACUGGAUGA